GUGACUCAGGGCCUUUGGGCUUAAAGGCGCCGCGGCCCUCCGGGGGCGGCCGGUGGGGCCUCCAGGCUGCGCUGCGGACUCCGGUGGCCUCGAGUGUAUGUCCAGACGGGAGCCCACGGGUCGGAGGGGCGCCUCGGCGCCAGGAAUACUUCCUUCUCCCGCAGCCGUCGCACGUGAGACCCGAAGCCGCCGGCGCAGGGAGCUCACGCGCUUCGCAGCGCCCCCCGCGAGUCUAGAAGAAGAAGCCGGGAGGAUAAAAGAUUGCUGGGACAACCAGGAAGCACCUGCGCUCUCCACGUGUAGCAAUGCCAAUAUCUUUCGAAGGAUAAAUGCCAUAUUGGAUAAUUCUCUGGAUUUCAGUAGAGUCUGCACUACACCCAUAAACCGAGGAAUUCAUGAUCAUUUGCCAGCAGACUUCCAGGACUCUGAAGAAACAGUUGCAAGCAGGAUGCUUUUCCCCACCUCUGCGCAAGAUUCUUCCCGGGGCCUCCCAGAUGCAAAUGACUUGUGCCUUGGCCUGCAGUCCCUCAGUCUCACAGGCUGGGACCGACCCUGGAGCACCCAGGACUCGGAUUCCUCAGCCCAGAGCAGCACACACUCGGUACUGAGCAUGCUUCACAACCCACUGGGCAAUGUCCUGGGGAAACCCCCCUUGAGCUUCCUGCCUCUGGACCCCCUUGGAUCUGACUUGGUGGACAAGUUUCCAGCACCCUCAGUUAGAGGAUCCCGCCUGGACACCCGGCCCAUCUUGGACUCCCGUUCUAGCAGCCCUUCUGACUCAGACACCAGUGGCUUCAGUUCUGGAUCGGAUCAUCUCUCAGAUUUGAUUUCCAGCCUUCGCAUUUCCCCUCCCCUGCCCUUCCUGUCUCUGACGGGGGGUGGUCCCAGAGACCCUUUAAAGAUGGGGGUUGGGUCCCGGAUGGACCAAGAGCAAGCUGCUCUUGCUGCGGUCAGCCCCUCCCCAACCAGUGCAUCCAAGAGAUGGCCAGGAGCUUCUGUGUGGCCAUCCUGGGACCUCCUCGAAGCUCCCAAAGACCCCUUCAGCAUCGAGAGAGAGGCCAGGCUGCACCGGCAAGCUGCAGCUGUGAAUGAAGCCACUUGUACCUGGAGUGGCCAGCUUCCUCCCCGGAACUACAAGAACCCCAUCUACUCUUGCAAGGUGUUCCUAGGAGGUGUUCCUUGGGAUAUUACGGAAGCUGGAUUGGUUAACACCUUCCGUGUUUUUGGCUCUCUGAGUGUGGAGUGGCCUGGUAAGGAUGGCAAGCACCCCCGGUGUCCUCCCAAAGGUAAUAUGCCUAAAGGGUAUGUGUAUCUGGUCUUCGAACUAGAGAAGUCUGUCCGGGCCUUGCUUCAGGCUUGCUCUCAUGACCCGCUGAGCCCAGAUGGUCUGAGUGAAUAUUAUUUCAAGAUGUCCAGCCGAAGGAUGCGCUGCAAGGAGGUGCAGGUGAUCCCCUGGGUCUUAGCUGACAGCAACUUUGUCCGGAGCCCAUCUCAGAGACUCGACCCUAGCAGGACGGUGUUCGUCGGUGCCCUGCACGGGAUGCUCAACGCCGAGGCCCUGGCAGCCAUCUUGAACGACCUAUUUGGUGGAGUGGUGUACGCUGGGAUUGACACAGAUAAGCACAAGUAUCCCAUUGGGUCUGGUCGUGUGACUUUCAAUAACCAGCGUAGUUACCUGAAAGCAGUCAGCGCUGCUUUUGUGGAGAUCAAAACCACCAAGUUCACCAAGAAGGUUCAGAUUGACCCCUACCUGGAAGAUUCUCUGUGUCAUAUCUGCAGUUCUCAGCCUGGUCCUUUCUUCUGUCGAGAUCAGGUAAGUCCCCUGGGCACUUGAGAUGUCUAGGAAGUCCCUGCCCUCGAUUUAAAAUUGUCAUGCCACAUUUGUCCCUAGGUUGGUGCUCCUGGGGUUGUCUAAGAAAGCACAAAGGAAGCAGCAGUCAUGUUCCCUGAUGGUCAGACCAGGGGAAACAAGCCCUUGGAAAAGCUUGUUAAGUCUUGAUACCUUGGCCUUCCCCUUGCUUGUGGCACGACCACCAACAGGAUGUCUUUGUGGAUGGGAGGAACCUGGGUGGGUAUGGUCAGCAGCACCUGAGCCUGGCACAGUAGUUCUAACUCAGGCCUUUCUCCACUGAUCUUUCCCUACUCAAGGACCCCUUCCUCACUUGUGAGCCUCUGGACUCUUGAUAUUUAUACCUGGUUUCUAUCCACAGUUGUCAGAAGUGGGCAGCUUUCUGUUGAAUGUUCCUGGGUGGUGGGAGCAGGGCUCUGGGUGUGUUUGGGCAGUGUUUCUCUU